CAAAAACAACAAAAAGAACCACGCGGAGGGGGGCUACAAAGGAGAGAAAGCGGGAGAGGAAGAGUGACAGUGCUCAUAAAUAGCAUCAACCCCGCUCGUCCUUUCUUCGCGAGUUCGAAUUGUUUUCCCUCUCUCUCACACACAACCGACACGUACUCGUCCUUUCUCUCUUUUUCCUUUAGCUUUAUUAUCUCUACCAUUGCUUUUUUGUUCCUCUUUAUAAACAUUCUGCAGCACCAGACUUUUUUAGCUUGCUCCCACACCAACAACGACAUAAUACGCAACGCAUACUCUCUCUUGCACUCUAUACACAUCUAAUACACGACUAUAUCACAUCCAUAAAACAUGAAGGCUCUCAUUCUCGUCGGUGGUUUCGGAACUCGUCUGCGUCCUCUCACACUCACUGUGCCCAAGCCGUUGGUAGACUUUGCCAACAAGCCCAUGAUCCUGCACCAGAUUGAGGCUCUUGUCCAGGCUGGCGUCACUGACAUUGUUCUGGCCGUCAACUACAAACCCGAGGUCAUGGUUGCAGUGCUCAAGAAGUACGAGGAGAAGUUUGGCAUUACGAUUACCUUUUCGGUCGAAGAGGUCCCCCUUGGAACUGCUGGUCCUCUUGCGCUCGCCCGCGAUAUCUUGGGUAAGGACGACUCGCCAUUCUUUGUUUUGAACGCGGACGUCACAUGCGAUUACCCCUUCGAGAAGAUGCGUGACUUCCAUAUGUCGCACGGCGGCGAGGGCACAAUUCUGGCAACGACCGUCGACGAGCCCUCAAACUACGGUGUCGUCGUCGUACACCCCAACACCACAAUGAUCGACCGCUUUGUCGAGAAGCCCGUGGAGUACGUCGGCAACCGGAUUAACGCCGGCAUCUACAUUUUCAGCCCGUCGAUUCUCAAACGCAUUGAGCUGCGGCCGACGUCCAUCGAAAAGGAGAUUUUCCCGCGCAUUGCCAAGGACAGGCUGCUUCACACCUUUGACCUCGAGGGAUACUGGAUGGAUGUUGGACAGCCCAAGGACUUUUUGACUGGCACCAGCCUGUACCUGUCCUCGUUGGCCAAGCGCAAGCCUGAGAUGCUUGUUCCGGCGUCUGUGGACUUUGUCAACGGCGGUAACGUGCUUGUGCACCCGACGGCCAAGAUCGGCAAGGGCUGCAAGAUUGGCCCCAAUGUCACUAUUGGUGCUAACGCCAUUGUCGGCGAUGGUGUCUGCCUCCAGCGCUGCGUGCUGAUGGACGGCACGCAUAUUAAGGAUCAUGCCUGGGUUAAGAAUAGCAUUGUCGGCUGGCACUCGAGCGUCGGCCGCUGGGCUCGUCUUGAUGGCAUCACGGUUCUGGGCGAUGACGUGCACAUUGCUGAUGAGAUCUACGUCAAUGGUGCUUCGGUUCUCCCGCACAAGUCCAUUAGCGCCAACGUGUGCGAGCCUGGGAUUGUCAUGUAAAGAAAAAGGAGUGGUUUUUUCUUUAUUUUCAUCACGUUGUAGUACCAAUUUCUUUACUGUUGUUUUGUGUGGUCUUCUUUUUUUGAGAGGGGGCCCAUUCUGAUUUAAUAAUUUAGCUGUUAAUCAUAAACAUAUUUUUGGCAAAAUGCAC